AGCGUAAUCAGGUAUUCGUCCCUUGCACGUGGGGUGGACCUCAUCUCCAAACACAUUCCUUUGCGGCCAUCGUGCAGCUUUCAUAGGCUAGAAGAAGUCCGUGGUAGUGCAUCGUAUAUUUGCCCCUCAAUGACCCAAGUCUCGACCUCGUCGUCAUGUCUGUGCGCAGGUGCAGCCAAUCAAACAGCCAGCUCAAAGCCUCAAAGACGCGUCAGGAAACCUUUUACUCAAAUGUCGAGAGAAAGACGCUGUCAAAGUCGGAAGACGUUUAUACUGGCGGAUCACCGAUCUAACUAA